UGCGGGGGGGCGGCGGGGGUUGGGCUUCCUGGGUCAGCGCCGCCGCCGCCGCCUCCAUUGUCCGCGGGGCCGCGGCGGCAGCGGCGGGAGCGGGACGGGAGCGGGACCGGACCCCGGAGCGGGGCAGCCCCGCAGCCCCCAGCCCCGGGGCGGGCGGCACCACCGCCGUCCCCCCACCCGCCCGGGGUCUGCCCCAGCGCAGGUACCGGGGGUCUCGCCUCCCCCCCCACGGCGGGUACCGGGGGUCUCACGCCCACCCCCCCGCCCCGCACAGGUACCGCGGGGGUCUGACCCCCUUCCCCCGUGCAGGUACCGGGGGUCUGACCCCACUCGCCACAGGAACCGGGGCUCUCACCCCCUCCGUGGGUAGCGGGGGGUCUCACACCCCCUCCCAGUGCAGGUACCGGGGCUCUCACACCCCCCAGGUACCGGGCUUGUCACCCUCCCCGGGGGGGGCUCAGCGGGAUGCGGUGCCUGGGGUGACAGUCCCAGCCCCGGCCAUGUCCCCCCGCAAGGCCAAGCGGGCUGGGGGCCAGUCCCCCGAGGGGGAGGCGGAGGCGGUGGCGGUGACGGCAGCCCCCCCCCGGGCCUCCCCGGGCAUCCGCAAGCGCAAGGACUUUGUGGCGCAGCCGGGGGGCCGGGCGGAGGAGAGCCCCAACAUCUGCGUGGAGUGCGGGCAGAGCUUCGCCCAGAGCUCCGGCCUCGCCAGCCACCGCCGCAGCCACGCGGCCGCCCAGCCCCACCGCUGCCCCGACUGCGGCAAGAGCUUCGGCGUCAGCUCCAGCCUCAGCCGCCACCGGCGCAUCCACACCGGCGAGAAGCCCUUCGCCUGCCCCGACUGCGGCAAGAGCUUCAGCGACAAGUCCAACCUCACGCAGCACCGCCGCGUCCACACCGGGGAGAAGCCCUACCGCUGCGGCGACUGCGGCAAGAGCUUCAGCCGCAGCUCCCACCGCAAGAAGCACCUGCGGCACCUCCCAGCCAGCAAGCGCCCGCCGCGCUGCGGCACCCAGCCGCGGGACGGGGCGGCUGGCGGCAGCGGGCCAGCCAAGGCACGGCGGAAGGCAUCGGCCCUCAACACCUGCGGCGAGUGCUGGCAGAGCUUCGGCCAGAAUGCCGACCUGGUGAAGCACAUGCGCAUCCACACCGGGGAGAAGCCCUUCCAGUGUGGCCACUGCGGGAAGCGCUUCAGCGUCAGCUCCAACCUCUUCCGCCACCGGCGCAUCCACACCGGUGAGAAGCCCUACACCUGCGCCGACUGCGGCAAGAGCUUCACCGACAAGUCCACCCUCACCCAGCACCGCCGUACCCACACCGGCGAGAAGCCCUACGUCUGCGGUGUCUGCGGGAAAGGUUUCAGCCACAGCUCCCACCACAAGCGCCACGAGAAGAUCCAUCGCGGGGACGGGCCCCUCCUGGCUUUCGCGCCGCGGCCCUUCUGGUGGGGGCUGAGUCCGGCCCCUUCCCAGGGGCGUUUGCAGAUCGGGGUGCGGGGGGGGGGCACGCUGCGGCCGCCCCACGCGGGAAACGGGGUGCACAGUCGGGAGAAGGACAAAGGCGGGGGGAAGCCCCCCAAGCUCCCGCCGUCCAGGUCCGGGGACCCCCGGGGUGCGGCAUCCCCGGGGCCCUGCCGAGGGGUCAGGGCUGUUCUCCUCCUCCCUGCCCCCCCCCGCCAGCCGUGGGGCGACCCCAGCAUGUCCCCUCGGAAGCCCAGGGUUGCCGCGGGCAAGAGCCCGGAGAAGAAGAAGCAGCCCCCGAAGAACAAGCGCAAGUCGGAGAAGCCAAAGCGCAGCCUCCCCGAGCAGGAGGAGGAGGAGGAGGAGGAAGCGGCGGCGGCGGCCCCCUCCCUGCCACCCGCCAAGGGCGAGCGGCCGAAUUUGUGCUCCGAGUGCGGGAAGAGCUUCCAGCACGGGUCGGACCUGGUGAACCACCAGCGCAUCCACACUGGCGCCAAACCCUUUGUCUGCGGCGACUGUGGCAAGAGCUUCCGGCAGAGUUCGACGCUCAUCACCCACCGGCGCAUCCACACCGGUGAGGCUCCGUACGCCUGCGGCUACUGUGGCAAGAGCUUCCGCGUCAGCUCCAACUUCGUCCGCCACCGGCGUAUCCACACCGGUGAGAAGCCCUACCGCUGCCCCGCCUGCGGCAAGAGCUUCACCGACAAGUCCACCCUCACCCAGCACCAGCGCACCCACACGGGUGAGAAGCCCUACCGCUGUGCCGACUGUGGCAAGAGCUUUAGCCGCAGCUCCCACCGCAAGCGGCACCUUCGCAACCCCCCCACCAAGGGCCACGGGCGAUGCGCCCGCCACAGCCCCGAGCCACCCCCUGCCAAGCCCAAGGAGGCCAAGGGCGGGAAGCAGUUGCCGGCCUCCAAGGUCCCCAACACCUGCGGCGAGUGCUGGCAGAGCUUCGGCCAGAGCUCCGACCUGGUGAAGCACAUGCGCAUCCACACCGGGGAGAAGCCCUUCCAGUGUGGCCACUGCGGGAAGCGCUUCAGCGUCAGCUCCAACCUCACCCGCCACCGGCGCAUCCACACUGGUGAGAAGCCCUACACCUGCGCCGACUGCGGCAACAGCUUCACCGACAAGUCCACCCUCACCCAGCACCGCCGUACCCACACCGGCGAGAAGCCCUACGUCUGCGGUGUCUGCGGGAAAGGUUUCAGCCACAGCUCCCACCACAAGCGCCACGAGAAGAUCCAUCGCGGGGACGGGCCCCUCCUGGCCUUCGCGCCGCGGCCGCCGCCGGGAGCGCGGAGCGGGGCAGCCCCGGCCCCCCCGGCCCGCCUCGGGGCCCCCCCGGCCUGCCUCGGGGCCCCCCGCCCCCGCAGUCCCCCGCAGCCCCCGGCCCUGCGUGGGACCGUCCCGGGCGGGCUCUCCCCGGCUGCCCCCCAGCCUGUGGGCUCUGUCCCCCCCCCGGCCCCCCCCCGAGUGUCCCCGGGGCCCCGCCGAGGGGUCAGGGCUGUUUUCUCCCCCCCCGCCCCCGCCCCCCCCCGCCAGCCGUGGGGCGACCCCAGCAUGUCCGACCAGAAGCCCAGGGUUGCCGCGGGCAAGAGCCCGGAGAAGAAGAAGCAGCCCCCGAAGAACAAGCGCAAGUCGGAGAAGCCAAAGCGCAGCCUCCCCGAGCAGGAGGAGGAGGAGGAGGAGGAAGCGGCGGCGGCGGCCCCCUCCCUGCCACCCGCCAAGGGCGAGCGGCCGAAUUUGUGCUCCGAGUGCGGGAAGAGCUUCCAGCACAGGUCGGACCUGGUGAACCACCAGCGCAUCCACGCCAGCACCAAACCCUUCAUCUGCGGCUACUGUGGCAAGAGCUUCCGCAUCAGCUUCAACUUCCUCCGCCACCAGCGCAUCCACACCGGCGAGGCUCCCUACGCCUGCAGCUACUGCAGCAAGAGCUUCGCCGACAAGUCCACCCUCACCCAGCACGAGCGCACCCACACCGGCGAGAAGCCCUACCACUGUGCCGACUGUGGCAAGAGCUUCCGCGUCAGCUCCAGCUUCGUCCGCCACCGGCGCAUCCACACCGGCGAGAAGCCCUACCACUGUGCCGCCUGCGGCAAGAGCUUCACCGACAAGUACACCCUCACCCAGCACCAGCGUUCCCACACUGGCGAGAAGCCCUACAAGUGCCUUGACUGCGGGAAGAGCUUCAGUCGCAGCUCCAACCGCAAUCAGCACCUCCGCAACCGUCCCGCCAAGGGCCGCAGGCCCUGUGCCCGCUGCGACCCCGAGCCCAAGGAGGCCAAGGGCGGGAAGAAGCUGCCGGCCGCCGAGGUCCCCAACACCUGCGGCCAGUGCUGGCAGAGCUUCGCCCAGAGCUCCGACCUGGUGAAGCACAUGCGCAUCCACACCGGGGAGAAGCCCUACGCCUGUCCCCACUGCGGGAAGCGCUUCAGCCUCAGCUCCAACCUCACCCGCCACCGGCGCAUCCACACCGGCGAGAAGCCCUACAUCUGCACCGACUGCGGCGAGAGCUUCAGCGACAUGUCCACCCUCACCCAGCACCGCCGCACCCACACCGGCGAGAAGCCCUACGUCUGCACCUACUGUGGCAAGAGCUUCAGCCGCAGCUCCCACCGCAAGCGCCACGAGCGGACCCACACCAGAGAGGCCUCCGACGCCCUCCCGCCCCUCUGGCCCUGCCCGGCCCAGGGCUUAUAACCAUCGCUGCUGCCGGGGCCGGGGCCAUGCCGAGGAAAACCCUCCUGGAAGCUGCCCCUGGCCCUUCGGCUGGGUCACACGGACGUAACUGGGGUGGCAAAUUUACCAGGUCCGCGGGGCUUGAGAGUUACUGUUGGAGCCACCAUGUCUGUCUGUCUGUUCGCUCAGGGCUUGGGCAGCUGCUGCAGUGCCUGCUGUGCUGCUGGGAUGAGCCCAGAGCACGGGGCGGACAAAUAGACAGACCGCCGGCUCUGUCGGGACAAACACACUCCGAUGGGUGACUCUCCCUGAGUGGCCCCCAGGGAGCCCUUUUCAGCAGAUUUAACCAAAAUCCCCUAUUUUCUACCCAGUUUUCUUUGGGGCUGGGGGCUUCCACCCUCCUGCUCCUCCUGGCACAGCUGCACGUAGCCUGUGGUGGGCAGCAGCAGCGAACACGCCCCCCCUGCCCUCCAAAUGCCUAUUAGUGAUAAUGAUAACAAUUACGGUGAUUAGUUGUCCUGUCUGGUGCUGCCACCGAAGCAAACCCUGAUCCGAGCUUUCCCUGACUUCGGGCUGGUUUUUCCCCACUGCUUUGGGUUUCCUGGGGUAAAAAACCCCAUGCAUUUCCCAAUUAUAAGAAAAA